GCCAAAGGCAGUGACUUAAUAUGGAACCUGAAGUGCUGAGGAGCAGGCUGUCAGCUUGAGCAAACCUGUGGCAAGCUCUGGCAAACCUACUGGAGCUGGUUUAUGGAAAGCUCUCUCUGAAAUCACAAGGCAAUAGAUAAAGUUAACAAGCUGAAGAGGAGGCUCUAUGAAAUCAUGCAGCAGGAGAUACGGCCGCUGGUAGCAGUGGAUAUAAUAGAGCAGCUCCACAGGCAAUUUGCAAUCUUGUCAGGAGGAAGAGGAAAGGAUGGGGCACCCAUUAUAACCUUUCCAGAAUUUGCAGGAUUCAGUGAGAUACCCGAUGAUGAUUUUCUGAAUGUGGUCACUUAUCUAACCAGCAUUCCCAGUCUGGAGGCUGCCAGCAUCGGAUUCAUCAUCAUCAUAGACAGACGACGGGACAAAUGGAGUGCAGUCAAGGCAUCCCUGACACGAAUAGCAGGAGCAUUUCCAGGAAACCUGCAGCUGGUGUUUGUCCUGAGACCCUCCCGCUUUAUCCAAAGGGCAAUCGCUGACAUUGGCAUUAAACUCUAUCGAGAUGACUUUAAAAUGAAGGUACCGAUCAUCAUGUUAAAUUCUGUCUCUGAUCUGCAUGGCUACAUUGAUAAGAGUCAGCUGACCCGGGAGCUGGGAGGAACCCUGGAGUACGGCCACAGCCAGUGGAUCCAUCACCGAACUGCUAUUGAAAACUUUGCAAUGACAGUAAAAACAACAGCACAGAUGCUACAGACCUUUGGAACAGACUUAGCAGAGACUGAACUUCCCAAUGAUGUGCAGUGCACAGAAGAGCUUCUCUCUUCACACACUGAGCACCACAGCAAGCUGAAGGAUGAGCUGAAGCUAGCAGUGAAGCAGGGGGCCACCUUACUGACAUGCAUCCGGGAGCCAGUCACCCGAAGUGCCAACAGCAAACUCAGUCCAGAUGAACUGGAAAAUGUGGCCACAGUGGAAAGGUUGUUGGCUCAGUUGGAUGAAACAGAAAAAGCUUUUGAUCAAUUUUGGACCAAGCAUCAUCUAAAACUAGAACAGUGCCUGCAGCUUCGCCACUUUGAACACGAUUUUAGAGAGGUAAAAUUGACAUUGGAUAACCUCAUGGAAACACAAGCAGGUUUUGUUGACAUUGGAGACAGUGUGACUCGAGUGGAGAACCUUCUAAAGGAACAGAAACAUCUGGAAGAGAAAGGACAGGAACCUUUGGAGAAGGCCCAGUCUUUAGCUCUCCAUGGAGAACAGCUCAUCCAAAACAACCAUUAUGCAGUUGACUCCAUUAGACCAAAGUGUGUUGAACUCAGGCGGAUUUGUGAUGACUUUACCAAUGAGACCAAGAAAAAGUAUGAUAUUUUGGGAAAGUCUCUUGAGCUGCAUAAGCAGUUAGAUAAGGCAAGCCAAUGGUGUGAAGCUGGAAUCUACCUCUUAGCUUCCCAAGCUGUGGACAAGUGCCAGUCACAAGAGGGAGCUGAAACUGCACUCGUUGAAAUUGAGAAGUUCUUGGUAACAGCUAAGGAACACCAGCUCUCCAACCCAAAGGAGUUCUACAAUCAGUUUGACAUGAUCCUCACCCCUGAAAUAAAGGCCAAUGCCCAAAGAAUUGUACAAAAACUCGAAGAUGUACAAGAAAUGUUUGACAAGAGGCAAGUAAGCCUGAAGAAGCUGGCAGCCAAACAGACUCGGCCAGUACAACCUGUUGCUCCACAUCCUGAAUCUUCCCCAAAGCGAGCAUCACCAAAGAUUACCAGACCAGCAACAGUAGCUACUAACAGGAGGUCUACAGAAAUUUCCUGCCCUCCAAAGACUGUUUCUGAAGUAGAGUUAUCAAAAAAGAAAAGCAUUAAGAAGACAAAAGGUGGAAUUAAGAUUGAAGUGAUGCAUGAAGCCAGUCAAGGAGGAUCUAGCAGAGUCCUGGUGACCAGUGAAAGUGAUGAGAACUUGUCAUCAAGGAGGAGCCACAUAAUCAAUGAGCUGAUAGAAACAGAACGGGUUUAUGUAGAAGAACUUCAAAGUAUAAUAGAGGGGUACGCUUCAGAAAUGGACAAUCCAAAUUUAGUACAUCUGAUUCCAUCUGCACUUCAGAACAAAAAGGAAAUUCUUUUUGGCAACCUCCCAGAAAUCUACUAUUUCCACAACAGGAUUUUCCUUAAGGAGAUAGAAAAUUGCAUUGAAAACCCUGAGCUUCUUGCCCGGUGCUUUUUGAAAAGAAAGGAAGACCUUCAAAUAUAUGAAAAAUACUGUCAGAACAAACCAAGGUCUGAAGCUCUCUGGAGACAGUGUGGAGACAGCACUUUUUUUCAGGAAUGUCAGCGCAAGUUGGAUCAUAAGCUCUCACUUGAUGCUUAUCUCUUAAAGCCAGUCCAGAGAAUCACCAAGUACCAGCUGUUGCUAAAGGAAAUGCUGAAGUGCAGCAAGAAUUCAGAAGGUACUGCUGAAUUGGAAGAAGCCCUGGCCACGAUGCUUGACAUCAUCAAAUCAGUAAAUGAUUCCAUGCACCAGAUAGCAAUCACAGGAUAUGAGGGGGAUGUCAGUGAGCUUGGCAAGCUGUUGAUGCAGGGUUCCUUCAAUGUAUGGACUGACCACAAGAAGGGGCACAACAAGGUGAAGGACUUGGCUAGAUUCAAACCAAUGCAGAGACACCUCUUCCUCUAUACAAAAAUGCUACUUUUCUGCAAGAAACGGGAGGAGAACACCGAUGGCCAUGAGAAGACAGCUUCAUACAGUUUUAAAAAUUCAUUAAAGAUGAGCACUGUGGGCAUUACAGAAAAUGUAAAAGGAGAUAACAAGAAGUUUGAGAUCUGGUAUAAUGGCAGAGAAGAAGUCUAUAUCAUUCAGGCAUCUUCUGUUGAGCUGAAAAACACCUGGAUUUCAGAGAUCCGCAAAGUCCUGACAGGACAGCUGGAAGCAUGCAGAGAAGCAAGUCAACUGCACCAAAGAAUCACUGAGAGUGUGUAUCAUGCACCAAUGGAUUCCUCCAAUGCAAGCAGGUAUAGCAGGAAGUCAUCAAGUAUAUAUGAAAACAAAUCUGAGGCAUCAAAUGUGGAUGCAUCUAACAAUAAAAACAGGAAUUCCAGUCCCAGUGCCAGACAAAAGAGAGGUCCCCUUGUUCCUGCAGUUAAAGUCAAGAGACAUGAAAUAAAGAGUGACCCAACUCCCCUGGGGUUUGAAGAUGCUUUUGAGAACACCAUUUUGGCCCAGAGUAAAUGUAAUGCCGGUUCCACCACGAGAUCAGUGCCUAGAUCUGCUUCACAGACAGGUUGGCCCAGCAGACAAAUGCCUUCUCUAGACACAUUUGAAGAUUUUGAAGCCAUCCCUUCCAGCAUGGAUGAACUCUCCAACUCUUCUGAUUUGGAGGAAGAGACAAACCCUAACAAUGGGAACAAUCUCUUCCGGGUCGAAGGCAGUUUUGACAGCUGUUUCCCAGAUUCUCUUACCCUUGAGGAUGGAGAUUUAGUGCAGUUUGUGCAGGAAGGAGAGAAUGGUCAAUGGUUAGUGAAGAAACUGGUCUCUGAGAAAAGCGACUGGGUUCCCUCCAGUAUAUUGCAGCCAGCAGAGGGGGACAGUAACAACAUAAUUAAGAGCAGCAAUGCAGACACAUACAACGAUUCCUGCAGCACAGCCUCAGUAGAAUCAGACACGAAGGAAAGUGAGGUGGCCAAAAGCUUCCCAGCAGAACAGAGGGCUGGCAGCUGAACAGCAGGACCAGCCUUCCUCAGGACCCCGUCCACCUGUCUUUAUCUUGGGUGGACACUGGAUCAAAGCUGCCUUUCUCACAAGCUCUAAGGUUCAUAAUUCACUAAUAUUUUAUCAAUGUGAACAGAUGAGAACUGUGCUGUCCACCUGGCAAGCUGGGAAAAACAAACUUGAAAGGAGCAUUAAACAUCCAGAAAACAUCAAACUACCUUCAGUAUUAGAGGAGAAAAAUGCUUCUUGCAUUGAUUAUCAAACUGUUUCAGAAGAUGUGGCCUAAAUUAGGUCGACAGCAGAGCUGAAGAGUUUCUAUGCACGCACCUUUUGGCAACUUUGCUUGAGCACCACAUCACUGCAGAGGGGCACGUGGUGGUUAUGAGUCCUUGCUCCACCCUGGGGUCACCUGGAGGUUUUUCCAUUUGCUUGCCUCUGGCUGUGCCUUCCCUGUCCUUCUCAAUUCCAGCUGAUACAUCAUCACAAAUGUGCCCUUUUUGCUGUCAGUCAACACCAAAAACACCCCACUUGAGGGUGGCUGUGGAAAGGAGACUUCUGGCUGGGACCAUCAGAGGGGCUCCGAGCAGCAGUGACGUGACUCCUCUGCAGUGGCCCGGGAAGGCCCUGCUGCACACAGCAUUCCACACCUGGAACGCUGCAGGUGGCAGCUCCUGGCUGGGAGGUGCAGGGCCAAGCAGGGAAGUAAAGACGUGUAACAGCUACUGUGACAAAGAACACUCUGAACUCUUUUUACAGCCUAAGUCAAUCCUCUGCCCCCUCUACAGUCUCUGGUUGCUGGAUCACAACUCUUUGCAUUUGGUGCCGAGAAUUCAGUUGAAGGCCAUUACCUGUCACAUGUUUGAGUAGACUGCAUGCUUUCCUUGUGUGCUGGGCUAUGAGUAAAUACAUUUCACCCCUCAUUCGGAAUAUACUUAACCAUUGCAAAUAGGCAGUGAGCAUUAGAUGCUCCGAUGAGUGGAUAAAGUGUUGUUAAAUACUUCUUUCCAGGAUGUUUGAUGAAAGGCAAAUCUCUGCCAUAUAAGGAUGUAAUGUAUAAUAUAAAGUGAUUACAGAUGUCAUGAUUCCUACACAAGCCAUUAGCUCAUUUAGAGCAGCUGUUAAGGCAUGAAGGCAUUUUGAUGGUAAUUGGGUCUUAGGUCCCACAAAAGCUGCUAGUACUUUAGUAAAGAUAAAUAUUGACUAAAGGUUGCAAAUAGGCAAAGAUCAGUCUAGUAAAAACUCAGAAGAAGCUCAAGAGUGAGUGAGUGGCUUUCACUCUUAGGGAUGUUUUGUUUAACCCUCAGACUAGUAGUGCUUUAUGUAAAUAAAGGGCACUAAAAGCACUAGAAAUGGAGAUGAAGCAAAACCAAAACCCACUCUUUACUAAUUGAGCCUCUGAGCAAAGCAGUAGGUGUGUGUAUCAUUUCUGCUCUCACCUUCACAGGGACUCGAAUGUUCUCCUUUGUGUCUCAGUGGAGGCUGGCGUUGCAAGUACCUUAGUGUGUGAGUCAGCAUGGCUGUGGAGCAGGUAGAUAGUCCUGUUUGAGAAAAAGCCUUGGAGCAGCUAAAGGCUUAGUCAGAUUUCUUUUGCCUAUGAAGACUUAUUGGUUGAUUAUAAGUUGUACUGUGGUGAUUGAUUCCCAUGGCUCUUCUAACCCUCAAUAUCUAAACUCUGUGAUUUUUGACAUUUUCUGUUCAUGACUAAAGGACCUGAGAGUUCUGUACCUUUCUGGAAGCUAUUUUUGUCCUACAGAAGUAGGAGCUUGCUUAUUUGUGUUGGUCAUUUACCUCAAAAAUGACAUGUAGGCUCUCAGGAACAUGGAUCCUCUUGGUCUACUGUGGUUAUCAGCAUCUUGCAGGAGGAAUUUAUUCCUUUCAGUCCCCUAAGGAAAUAUGCAGCAACGUUUUCUUAUAGUGCAAUUACUUUAUCUCUCUAAAAUGAGUACAUUAUGGUUUCUCUAUUACUAAUUUUUGCACAGGAACAGUGCUGCUGUCUACCCCUGCCCUAAGCAUAGGUGAGGGAAGGGCUAGGGAGCUUUGAUUGCACAUUAGUGAGUACAGUAAGCUUUUGUGUGUGGGAGAGAGAGAUAGGGAAGGGUUACCCUGGGUGUAUGAAAUUGCCAAAAUGAAGAUUUGUGACAUUGCUGAUGGAUGGAAAGACAAAAACCUGCACUUUGGAGUGGAGUUUAUUUAUUAUUUUUGAGGAAUCUCAUUCUGAUUGUGAAAUGGUAGCGAGAAGUCUCUGGACUGAGGAUGAGAAGUCAAGUGUUGUCAGUCCAUUUCCCACCUCUGCAUGAGCAGGCUGAGAGUGUGCUGGUCCUACAUCCCCUGGUGCCCUGACACCUUCCUGGAACAUGGGAGCUACGGAAUUUCCUGCUAAAUGCUACAUUUUACCACAUAUACAAAAAUUAGGGGCCCUCCAGGGAAAAGCAAAGCAUUCAACCCCAUAUGCCCCAAUGUGCCCUCCAAGAGUGCCACUGGUGGCAUCCUGUGGAGCAGUCUAGAGCUGGAGCAGGGAAUGGGGUUACUGAGGAAAAGGGUCCUCUCCCAGAUCCAGACCAUCUGUCAUGGCAACUGCAAAGGUAGGGGCUGGAUUAUUGCAUUUGCCUCCCUACUUUGCUUUUGAAAGCUUUUCUUUUUUCUUUUUUUUUUUUUGUCUGAAAUACCUUAUGUUCUAUCCUGCUGGACCAAAGUUUGUCCUGUUCCAUGGAUGCCCUGGGAAUGGCAGGUCUCUCUGUCCCGUGGCUGUGCAGCAGUGGCACAGCACUCUGGUCUUUGGGAGCUGCCUGUGCCACGUUGGGCACACUGAGCCUGAGCAGGGAGCUCACAACCAUUAACUGUGUCUUUAACCUUCCUGCAGUGCCAGGUACCUGUUUCUGCCUCCACCCAGGGCACAGGGCAGCCCUGGCAGGGUCCCCUGGGCAGUGACAGGGCCACUGCAGGGCUGGCUUUGGGAAAGAAUGAGUUCAGUGACAGACCAGGCUGCUGACAAGUCCUAGUGCAGCCCACAAAGGAGUAACCUCCUGGCUUUGCUGAUGAGACAAAAUGGGGUUUGAUGACUUUUUGAAUUUUUUAAAUAGUAUGCAGGAUAGUCUUUUAAUUAGUGUAUUUCCGUCAAACAAGGUAAUAAUUAAGGGAAUGACUCUCCAUGUACAGUCUAGAAGAUGAUUUGGUAAAGCCCAGCAAGACUAAUGUGUAUGUUAGGGUAUGCUUAUUCUGUCUGUAGGUCUUUGACACCAUCCUUUUCAGGUAGAUGGAUCUAAAAAUCAUAGUUUUCAAAUAAGGAUUUCAUUUCAGUGUUGUUUGGAGAUGAUACAGCGACCAUUUAGAAGUCAUUUAAAAGUAAUGGUUGUGACUAAGUUUUGGCUGUAGAAGACCCCAGAUCCCAGGUAAAUCCAUGCUGCAGCAGCCCUUGCUGCUGGCCCAGCGCCUGGCUGUGCUCCCUGGGCCUGGGCUGGUCACACCUCCCCUCCAGGCUAAGGGUUUGCCUGGGCUCUCCUCCCUCUGUGCUGCUGCUCUUCUGCAAGUUCUGCAGAAACUUCACAUCCUCCAAACUGCCCUCAGAACUGCUCACUCAGGUGUGGCUGGGCUGCAGAGUCCUUCCUUACUGGCACCAGUGGCAAACAGAGACAGGCAGCUGCACGACACACAAGUCUUGCUUUUAGUAAACCAAGCUAAAAUAGAACCAGGCCUGAUCCUCUCCUCUCACCUUGAACCCCACCAGGUGGAGAACCAGACCAGUGGUCCUUGUCUUGAACACAAACAGCUGCAGCCAAACCACCUCUGAGCUCUGGCUUUUCUCUCCAGCGACAGCAAAUUUCUGUGUGUGUGUCUUAUGUUCUGGUCGUGUGUGUGAUGAGAAGCCAUUUUAUUAUCUAUGAUUUUCUUAGAGUCUUGAUAUUUCAAACAGGAUUGGGUAUGAGAAAGGCCAUGUGCUUUCUUUCCAAAAAUACUCAAAGACUUCAAAUAUAUAUAUAUCUGAUUAGAAAUAUAUAAGAAUAAUAAGAAAAAAAGAUCCAAAAUGUGUAUUUUGUCUUGCAGCUGGACUGAAGUAGCUGCUAAGAUUUCCUCUCCCCAGCUGAGAAUUGGUACAGUUUGUUUUCUUACAUGAUUUCCAUGAUGUUGAUAAUGAUGUAUUUGUAUAUUGUGACUGAUGAGAGAUAAUCAGACAGGGAAAGAGCACAGAAUUACCUGUCCUUUUUUCCAGUCAAGACAGAAUGUAUGAAUUUAUUACAAGAAAAAAAAAUGUGCAAAUGAACUUCCUGUAAUUAGGCCAUUCUGACCUGUGUAGAACCACACUUUGUUUGAAAUUUAUAAAAAUUAUAACUAGUA